AUGUCUCUAAGUGAAUUGCCCGAUGUUGCUUUGAUAAAAAUUUUUCGUACACUUGAUCAUAUAGAAUUAGUUCGUCUUUAUCAUAGUUUUCAAACAUCGAAACGUAUACAAAAUUUAAUACGUAAUUGUUCAUGUUUAUGGAUAAAUAUUCAUAUAAAAUCGACUGUUGAUUAUCAUUUAUUUACCUAUUUUUGUCGUUUAUUAAUAUCAAAUGCAUUAACAAUUCGUCAAUUAAUAAUCGAUGAACUUGAUUUAACAUGUAGAAAAAUUCUUUAUGAUAAUGAAUUUUCUUUAAAAAAAUUUUCUAAUCUUGAACUAUUAAUUAUACAUGAUGAAUACAUAUGUAAUACAUUAAAAUCAUUAAAUUUUUGUUCAUUAUCAUUAAAAAUUUUACGUUUAACAAAUGAUCAUAUAAAUUUACAUCAUAUUAACAAUUUAAAUCAAUUAAAUACUUUACAAUUAACAUUUUAUUCAAUAGAUAUUCUUCAUAAUAAAUUUGAACAAUUAACAAAUUUACAUUUAAAAAUAAUGUUUGAUUAUGAUCAUAAUUCUCAUGAAAUAUUUUCUCGUUUACCUAAUAAACGUUUACAAAUUUUAACAUUAAAAUUUCUUUUAUUAAAUAAUGAUUAUAAUUUUUUAAAUGAAUUUAAUCAAUAUUUACAUUCAUGUUCUUAUCUUCAUACACUUGAAUUAUCAUAUCUACAUGGUAUGUGCCCAUUAAGUUUAUAUACAAAUAUAAAUUAUUUAAACUAUCAACGAAUUAUAUUGAUUAAUAUAUGUCAAUUAAAACAAAUGAAAAUUUUUAUUGAAUUCAAUCAAAUUGAUUUACCAUUAGAAUAUUUACAAUUUAACUCGACAUUAAAUAUAAGUCAAUAUUCAUCCUAUAUACAAAAUGAAUAUUGGUACCGACGUCAAUUAAUAUCUAUUGAUUAUAUACAAUGUGUAACAACAUCAAUGGAACUUUUGAAUGAAUUAAAUAUAAUUUGGUCAGAUAAAAAAUCAAAUAACACAAUCAUUUGA